GUCAAAAAUACAUGUCAUUCACACAUCAUUUUAUUUUGUGAUAUCGUAAAAACGAGUUGAUUUUGCGAAAAUACACGGACGUGGUCGUUCGGGGUAUGUGUGUCCAGUGUCCGCGGACUAUUUCGCCUGUUAAUUCGGGGUUGGAACAUUAGUGUGGACCCUGAAGUCUGGCGGUGGACGGUGGUUGUGGUUUCAUGAAAGAAAAAUAUUUUUUUCCUGAAUCUCCCUUGGUUUUUCAUCUCCCGCGGUGUUCAGCGAUGGUUGCGGGUUUCGCAUGAUACAUUCCGAGGAUGAUGUGACUGUGUUUUAAGUUUCCUAGUGUUCAGUGUAUGGUUUUCUAUUUUUGACGUUCGCUUUUCUAAUUAUAAAGUGUAAAGCCGUGUUGAUGAAUUACUUCGGACACAAGCCGUAUAAAUUGCAUUUAUGGCGUCCAACAUAGUGAAGAAACACCGGAUCAAACCAUAUCACGCCCCCUCCCCAUCCGCCGCCAUCUUGGAUUAACGUCAGAAACAUGCACUCCGUCGCACGCCGUCCACUGUCUCAAUCCAUACAGCCCAACGCGAAAACCAUAAACAACAAAAAAAAAGAAAAAAACAUCGAGCUUACAGAAUACCAUGUGUUCUAUAUUUCAAAUUUGAAACGGGGACUAUUCUGAACACCCGCGCGCGGGGUUUUAAUUUUUUCUUUUUAGAAAAAAAAAACAAUUGCAGCUUUAAAAAGUUUUUCGACGAAAACCUCUUUUUAAGAUACAAGUAAUUAUAAAAAAUAUAAUUGCCUUCUAUUUGUAGUCGUAGUAUACCGUGAUUGGUCCAAUUCUUGUAAUUUGUUAAGAAUCUUUCCCUUUCAUUUUUUUUAAAUUGAUGUUAAGAAUCUAUACGAUAUACUUAGAAGAAAUAUUUGGCGUAAGAAAAGAAGAGCAUAAACAGAAAAAAUGGAGCGAUCUGAAGCUGAAAAACCGACUUCUGAGGAAGGGAGCCAACUCAAUAGAAAUAGAAGUUUCAAAACAAAGCAACUCGUGCGCAGCCAAGCGAUCCGCGAGUCCGCCUCCCCGCCGCGCACCAUCUCACCCGCGUGCCCCGUCGAAAUAACGAAUAACGUUACCGGUACCGAUACCGUUACUAAUAACGUUAUUAAUAACGGUGCGGAGCGCGCGAAGGACGACUGCAGCGUGGCGAGCUGCGACGGUGAUGAGCUGAAGAAACAACCGGUGGAAAUACAGAUCACCAGCGGCCACUGGGACGAAGCUAGCCCCGCUAGGCGUCGCACAGGAGGGGGUGGGGGGGAGCCAGCACGUGACCUGUUGUCGCACAACCCGCGCGUGCACUGCGUUUGCGGCGCCUGCGCACAGUGCCCGCACUGCAGGUGA